AUGCAUGCCGGAAGCGUUGCCAUGUUCCCUCCUGGCACUGUACGCCUUGAGGAUCCCGGUGCUGCUGCAAGUCGCGAGGGCAUUAUCCUCCAACCGCGACCGACUGAAGAUCCGAACGAUCCACUAAAUUGGCCAAACUGGCGCAAAUAUACCAACUUUGGACUUGUCAGCUUCUAUGUCCUGAUGGUGUCUGAGUUCAUCAACUCUGCUGGUCCGACCUGGGGCCCUAUGCAGAAAGAAUUGGGGUUUAGCGAUGAGGCUCUAACUGCGAGCUAUGCAAUCGGGUGUGCAUGCCUUGCGGUUGGUGCCCUUCUGCUUGUCCCCUUCGCUCUUAAGUUUGGUCGCCGGCCUCUGUACCUUCUCAGCUCCUUGGUUCAAGUUGGUGUAGGCAUCUGGUCCGCCAAAAUCCAGACCGUACCCGACCUCCUCCUAGUCAAUGCCAUCAACAAUAUAUUUGGAGCACUAGCCGAGGUUAUAGUACAGAUGACAAUUGCAGAUGUCUUCUUUAUCCAUCAGCGUGGUACUUUAAAUAGUAUCUAUAUCUGGUUCUGGCAGAUAUCUGUCUCUCUUGGCCCGUUUAUCGCUGGCUAUAUUACUACUGGCCAAGGCUGGAGAUGGGUUUGGUGGUGGAAUGCUAUCCUUUUUGGUGCCUUCUUCCUCCUUGUCUGUUUCUUUUAUGAAGAGACCAAGUACUGCCCCGCGCAUUCGGCCGCGUCUGCCCAGCCCCUGAAUUCUGGCUACAACCGAAACGCUGAAGAUGAUUUGAAACCAGUGGCAGACGGACCUUGUCCAAUCUCGAUCGCAGCGGAGGAGGGCUCGCAGCAUAACCUGUAUGCUGUCAGAAUCAAUCACGAUAUUCCCAAGAAGACGUAUCGACAACGGCUAGCGCUUACAACUACAACAUCAUCAUCCGGUGGUCUCAAAACCUUCCUCAGCCAUAUGUAUCAACCUCUGGUUCUCCUUACCACUGUUCCCGCCGUUGCCUAUACUGCACUCGCCUACGGCAUCUUGACUGCAACAUCCGAUGUUAUGUCAACAACAGUCUCACUUUACAUGACCCGAUCGCCAUAUAACUUUGCCCCGAAUGAAAUCGGCCUCAUGAAUCUAUCCAAGUUGGUUGGCAGUACAAUCGGCACUCUGAUUGUCGGCCCUCUGAGUGAUGCCUUGAUUAUAUGGCUUUCCCGUCGGAAUAACGGCAUUUUCGAACCGGAAACGCGACUAUGGAGCCUCGUCCCUUUUCUCCCCCUGAUCCCUGCUGGGGCGUUACUUUUUGGACUUGGUUUGCAGAAGGGUCUGCCAUGGCCUAUUAUUGCUGUUGGCUUGACACUCUAUAAGCUCGGCAUGUCGCCAGUGAAUAGUAUCACCAUCACAUAUCUCACAGAUUCCUAUCAGGAUGUCAUCGGCGAUGCAUUAGUUGGCGUCACUAUUAUCCGCAAUACCUUUAGCACCGCCUUCAUUUUCGCUCUCGACCCAUGGGUUCGUUCUGCGGGUAUUCAAUGGGUCCUUAUCACGAUUGUUUUGAUCACUACUGCAAUUCUUUCCUUAACCGGUGUCUUAAUCAAGUACGGCAAGACAUUUCGCGCACACACAGCUGAGAGGUACCAGCGUUACGCACUCCUUCAGUAUAAGGAGAGAUAA